AUGAGCAACGACGAUCCGUACGCCGACCUGCCGAGCGCUAUCGCUGCCCCCGCUCUCGCUACAUCGUUCGUGGCGUCGCCCAAACGAUCCCGUGAAGACGAUGAUGUUCCUUCCAUCAAGAAGGUAGCAAGACGCGACAUGCGUCACGUUGCGUUUCGUGACGACGUGGACGCCACGGUUGAAGAACCAGUCGACGAGGUCAAGCAGCCUCUCAAAGUCUUGGACAUCCGUCAGACGAUUGAGAAGCUCAAAGGAUACAUGCUUGUGGACAAGAAGUUUGGGAAAGCGUCGGCGCUGUUUAGCGCGCUUCUAGAAGAACAAUGCACGUCGACCCCCCGACCGGACGAGCACACGAUGUCGUUGCUCAUGGAAUGCGUUCAAACGAUCAUGAACAGCAAACCCGAACGCAUCCAUCACGCGAGCUUCCGCGCCGCCUAUGCCGCGCUCGUCCGCGUCGUCGACAAACACCGAACAUCCCUCCUACGCACAUCCGAUUUCGACAGCGACGUGAUCGAGAACUGGGUAUUGGACGCCGUCCUGCACAACGACUUGUUCACAGACGACACGUACGUGUUCGCCAAGGCCGCCAACCUCAUCGCCGCGCACAUCACGGGGCGGCGGGACGAAGCUGUGAGCAUGGAGAACUUGGCGGAUGUUGCGGCGUUAGAUCGGGUGCUGCUGCCGUGUCUGCGUUCGUUGAUGGCGCGACACGGCACCGCGUGGGCAAAGACGUCGGUGGAGAUGGUGCUGGCGCUGUGUACGUAUCGACGGCUGACGUUCCACGACGGCGAUCGCAAAGAGGUGGACGAGUGGACGUCCACGAUCCACCAGCGGAAAGUGGCGCCGUCCAGCCGGGGAAAGCACGCCGCCGCCGCCGCCGAAAUGCGCAAGAACAUCGUCGCGUACAACGACACUCAGACCGGCAUCAAAGUCGGCAAGUCGAACCAUCCGUUGUUUAACAAGGAUUGAAACCAUCGGUCUCUCAAUGAUGAUGCACACAUACUCACCCACCCACCGUCCUCGGAAGCGAUACAUUGGUCAUGGAUGGGCAGGAUGCAUCCAAGGGAAGCCUAUGAGGGCUCCAUGAGAUCGCAUGG